AUGACAGAGUCUGUGUUGGAGGCUCAUCAAAGUCUUCUCCACACGCCGUCUCUCAUUCAUCAGGAAUCUGCAACAAUAACAAUAGGCAGCAUCAGCAACUAUAACAACAGCAGCAGCAACAAUAGCAACAACGGCAGCAGUAACGAUACCAACAGCAGCAGCAGCAACAAUGCCAGCAGCAGCAGUAACAGCUGCAACAACAUUAAUAGCAGCAGCAGUAACGAGAACAUCAACAACAGCAGAAGCAACAACAGCAGCAGCAAUGAUAACAACAAGAACAGCAGCAACAGUAACAACAGCAGCAGCAGCAACAAUAACAACAGGAACAGCAAUAACAGGAACAGUGGCAAUAAUAACAGCAGCAAAAAUAACAAUAACAGCAGCAGCAACAAUAACAGCAGGAAUAGCAAAAACAAGAACAGUAGUAACAAUAACAGCAGCAGGGACAGAAACAAUAACAGGAACAUCAAUAACACGAACAGUAACAGCAGAAACAAUAACAAACAACAGCAACAACAACAGCAGCAACUACCAGCGAACAGUAGCAGCAAUAACAGCAACAGCAGCAAUAACAACAGUAACAGCAAUAACAAGAACAGUCGCAACAAUAACAGCAGCAGCAGCAAUAACAACAGUAACAGCAAUAACAAGAACAGUCGCAACAAUAACAGCAGCAGCAGCAAUAACAACAGCAAUAACAAGAACAGUCGCAACAAUAACAGCAGCAGCAGCAAUAACAACAGUAACAGCAAUAACAAGAACAGUCGCAACAAUAACAGCAGCAGCCGCAAUAACAACAGGAACAGGAACAACAAGAACAGUAGCAACAAUAACAGCAGCAGCAGCAGCAAUAACAACAGUAACAGCAAUAACAAGAACAGUAGCAACAAUAACAGCAGCAGCAGCAAUAACAACAGUAACAGCAAUAACAAGAACAGUAGCAACAAUAACAGCAGCAGCAGCAAUAACAACAGCAAUAACAAGAACAGUCGCAACAAUAACAGCAGCAGCAGCAAUAACAACAGUAACAGCAAUAACAAGAACAGUAGCAACAAUAAGAGCAGCAGCAGCAACAAUAACAACAGGAACAGCAAAAACAAGAACAGUAGCAACAAUAACAGCAGCAGCAAUAACAACAGUAACAGCAAUAACAAGAACAGUCGCAACAAUAACAGCAGCAGCAGCAAUAACAACAGUAACAGCAAUAACAAGAACAGUAGCAACAAUAACAGCAGCAGCAGCAAUAACAACAGCAAUAACAAGAACAGUCACAACAAUAACAGCAGCAGCAGCAAUAACAACAGUAACAGCAAUAACAAGAACAGUAGCAACAAUAACAGCAGCAGCAGCAAUAACAACACAACAAUAAGAGCAGCAACAGCAAAAAAUAACAACAAUAACAGCAGCAGCAACAAUAACAACAGGAACAGCAAAAACAAGAACAGUAGCAACAAUAACAGCAGCAGCAGCAAUAACAACAGUAACAGCAAUAACAAGAACAGUAGCAACAAUAACAGCAGCAGCAGCAAUAACAACAACAGCAAUAACAAGAACAGUCGCAACAAUAACAGCAGCAGCAGCAAUAACAACAGUAACAGCAAUAACAAGAACAGUCGCAACAAUAACAGCAGCAGCAGCAAUAACAACAUCAAUAACAAGAACAGUCGCAACAAUAACAGCAGCAGCAGCAAUAACAACAGUAACAGCAAUAACAAGAACAGUAGCAACAAUAAGAGCAGCAGCAGCAACAAUAACAACAGGAACAGCAAAAACAAGAACAGUAGCAACAAUAACAGCAGCAGCAAUAACAACAGUAACAGCAAUAACAAGAACAGUAGCAACAAUAACAGCAGCAGCAGCAAUAACAACAGCAAUAACAAGAACAGUCGCAACAAUAACAGCAGCAGCAGCAAUAACAACACAAAAAAUGACAACAAUAACAGCAGCAGCAACAAUAACAACAGGAACAGCAAAAACAAGAACAGUAGCAACAAUAGCAGCAGCAGCAAUAACAACAGGAACAGCAAAAACAAGAACAGUAGCAACAAUAACAGCAGCAGCAGCAAUAACAACAGUAACAGCAAUAACAAGAACAGUCGCAACAAUAACAGCAGCAGCAGCAAUAACAACAGCAAUAACAAGAACUGUCGCAACAAUAACAGCAGCAGCAGUAAUAACAACAGUAACAGCAAUAACAAGAACAGUAGCAACAAUAACAGCAGCAGCAGCAAUAACAACAGUAACAGCAAUAACAAGAACAGUCGCAACAAUAACAGCAGCAGCCGCAAUAACAACAGGAACAGGAACAACAAGAACAGUAGCAACAAUAACAGCAGCAGCAGCAAUAACAACAGUAACAGCAAUAACAAGAACAGUAGCAACAAUAACAGCAGCAGCAGCAAUAACAACAGUAACAGCAAUAACAAGAACAGUAGCAACAAUAACAGCAGCAGCAGCAAUAACAACAGCAAUAACAAGAACAGUCGCAACAAUAACAGCAGCAGCAGCAAUAACAACAGUAACAGCAAUAACAAGAACAGUAGCAACAAUAAGAGCAGCAGCAGCAACAAUAACAACAGGAACAGCAAAAACAAGAACAGUAGCAACAAUAACAGCAGCAGCAAUAACAACAGUAACAGCAAUAACAAGAACAGUCGCAACAAUAACAGCAGCAGCAGCAAUAACAACAGUAACAGCAAUAACAAGAACAGUAGCAACAAUAACAGCAGCAGCAGCAAUAACAACAGCAAUAACAAGAACAGUCGCAACAAUAACAGCAGCAGCAGCAAUAACAACAGUAACAGCAAUAACAAGAACAGUAGCAACAAUAAGAGCAGCAGCAGCAAAAAAUGA